UGCGCAUUAUUGGAGCUGUCUUUCAAAACCACUUUUAUCUAUUACGGGGAAGGAAGACAUGUCCUCUACCUGAAUUCGUACCAGAUUGAACAAGCCUACAAGUACUCCCAAUUGGUCCUGUAUCCGUUCAUUUUCAGCACGGCAAUCACGAAGAUAUCCGUCGGAUUCAUGGUCCUACGCUUUUCUCAAACCAGAGCCAUGCGAUACUCCAUGUACGCGCUUAUGGCAUCCCUUAUUGUGGUCAAUGGCGCAUGCAUUGUUGUUCUCUUGUCGUUCUGUCGACCCAUAUACGCCACUUGGGAUAUACGAGUGAAGCAUGCUGUUUGUCUAAGCUCGAAAAUCCUGUCGCUCGCCUCAGGCAUACAAGGCUUAUGGUCCGUUGUUACCGAUCUGAUAUGCACUUCAUUGCCCCUGGUCAUAGUAUGGAAGCUCCAUAUGGGUCGUGAACAGAAGAUUGCCGUUACUGUACUCGUAAGCUUUGGGCUGGUAACGACAGGCUGUUCGAUUGGUCGAUGCAUAUACUAUGCGACGACAAAAUUUCCCCCCGAUCAAACUUGGAGCGGAAUAGAUCUCGCUGUUUGGACGUCUCUCGAAAGCAAUAUUGGCAUAUUUGCAGCGAACCUGCCGGCGCUCGGUGCCAUGCUGAAUUUGAAAAGCAUAAUCGUGAGAUGCAAAUGGUUAUCUGGUCCAGAAAAAUACCCAGAUUUCCCGGCAUGUGAUCAUAUAGGCACUUCGUUGGAUUCGCAAACGGCCUCAGCAAAAAGGACAGUCCAGGUAAACUGA